AUGCCGGCCCCCACAGAUGUACAUGGAGUGAAGCGGCUAUGUGGAAUGAUUCAGUAUCUGGCUAAGUUUCUGCCCAACCUUGCUGGUGAUUUGCAACCCAUUCGAGAGCUGACCAAGAAGGAUGUGGAGUGGAACUGGUCAACAGAGUGUCAAGAAGCAUUCCAGAAGGUCAAGGAAAAGAUCACAAACACUCCUUUGCUCGCAUACUUUGACUCGAACAAGGAGCUACUAUUGCAAGUAGACAGCAGUAAAGAUGGACUCGGAGCGGCACUGAUGCAAGAUGGCAAACCAAUUGAAUACGCCUCAAGAGCACUGACUCCUGCUGAACGGAAUUGGGCACAAAUUGAAAAAGAAACCCUAGCUGUGGUGUUCGGUCUUGAACGAUUUGACCAAUAUACGUAUGGAAGAAAAGUCAUAGUACAGAAUGACCACAAGCCUCUGACCUCAAUCCUGAAGAAACCUCUGAGCCAGACCUCAAAACGACUACAAGCACUGAUGCUACGAGUUCAUCGCUAUGACAUUGAAUUUCACUACAUUCAAGGAAGUCAACUCGUUAUUGCCGACACCCUCAGCCGAGCUUUUCUUGAUAUUCCUGACGCACAGGUGAGAGUCAUGAAAGUAAACGCUUUGAAAGGAGUGCCAGAUGAGCGAAUCCGGGAGGUACAAGCGGCUACCGCACAGGACCAAUGUAUGCAGUCCCUGUUGAGCACUAUAAAAGAUGGUUGGCCAGAAAGCAAGAAGGACGUACAAAAUGAUCUGAGGCCAUAUUUUGAUGUGCGAGACACAUUGAGCCAUCAAAAUGGAAUUAUCCUAAAGGGAGAAAGAAUAGUUAUCCCAGCAUCGCUCCGUGACACCACAAAGAAACGAUUGCACUCUGCACAUUUGGGAUACGAUAGUAUGAUGAGACGAGCUCGAGACACCAUAUUUUGGCCCGGAAUGGCAAAAGAAGUACGACAGCUAGCAGAGAACUGUGAGGCUUGCCAGCAAUACAAACCACAAAACCAGAAAGAGCCAUUAAAACAGUACGAGGAAGGACAAGUACCUUGGAAUAAGGUUGGAAUUGACCUUUUCGAGAUCAAGGGAAGAGAUUAUCUAGCCACGGUUGACUAUUUCUCGGGUUUCAUAGAAGUUGACCACCUAAGCACUGCCACAAGUAAACAGAUAAUCACCAAACUCAAAGGACAUUUUGCAAGAUAUGGCAUACCAAGUGAAAUGGUAACUGAUUGUGGUUCACAAUUUAUUUCCUCCGAGUUCAAGACCUUCACCAAACACUGGGGAAUUAAGCAUGUAACAUCGUCACCCCUCCAUCACCAAUCGAAUGGAAAAGCGGAAGCUGCGGUUAAAACUAUAAAGCUAAUGAUGAAGAAGUCACUGCGGGACAACACUGAUCAAUAUGAGGCUUUACUCGAACUGAGAAACACGCCACGCCAGGGUACUGGACAAAUCCAGCUAAAAUGAUGUUUGAUCGAGCAACACAAUCAUUCCUACCAGCCAUAUCGAACACAAAAUCAGAACGGGCGAGAAAUGCAACACAGAAGAGAGCCAGACACCGCCUUCUGGUUAAGCAAAGUUAUGACAAAGGCGCUCGAGACCUGAAACAACUGUCACCUGGGCAGCCGGUGUACUACCAACACACAGAAGGAAAGAAGUAUGACUGGAGAAGAGGAAAAGUACGUGCCAAACAUAGUGAACGAUCGUAUAUCAUUGAAGGAAAGAAUGGUGUAUAUAGAAGAAACCGAGUUCAUAUACGCCCCACGACAAGUGAAGUGAACAAAGAUAACAGUAAAGACAACAAGGGAGAAGCAGAGGUACAAGCAAGACCACAACGAGCAAGACAAAAGCCCCACUGGACGAAAGACUAUACAGUAUGUUAAAGUUUUAUUACAAUAUUAAUGAUUGAGAUAGACAUUAGAUAUAUACUGUAGGUAUUCGGAAUUUAUUCGGACACGAUACAGAAACUUAUAGUAAUCUGCAGUCUAGCAUCAAAGGAACUAUCACAGUACAUUCACUUUUAGUGGUUAUAUAUAUAUAUAUAUAUAUAUAUAUAUAUAUAUAUAUAUAUAUAUAUAUAUAUAUAUGCCUUUUUGUAAAAAUAGGGAGAUGUUGAUAUUUGGUUUUGAGCCCGUAGUCGGGAGUCCUAGCGGGCGCGCAUGCGUAAGUUGUUGUUCUUAAAAAGCAUGGCGUGAAGGCCGCCUUUUAGUAUUAAACUAGAACUUAAUUCAGCUUAAUACAGACUUGUAGUCCUUUUAACAUAUAUGGCUAGUCGUAUCGUGUAGAUGGGCCUUUAGGGAUGCUUUACGUGCUUAUGUGAUGGAAGGCGGGGUGAGGCAGCACUUUCUUUGCGAUAGUAACUUCUAGUCUACAGUAACCACUGGGCAGAAUUUGGUUACACCCGUUUAGCUUUUACGUGUAGACCACGGUUUACCGCGGGGAAACGGGUAGAAAUUACGGGUAAAAAUGCUGACAUCAGACUGAAAAAUUCUAUGUUUGAAUAUAAUUAGACCAUAUAGGUUUAGUACAAAAAGAUUAUUUUAAUAACUAUGCUUCAGGUUAAAAGUAACUAAAGAUAUAAAACUUUAAAAACAAUUGUUUCGAAGGAAUGUUGACGAACAUAUACUGUAUAUAUAGAAUCGAGUCGAGUACGUCAUUGGAAUUGGGUUAGGUCUGCACG